UGCAGCUCCUACAUAGACACCUCAAAGCGAGAGCAGCAUCGUCGUCGUCGUCGUCGACUCUCGUCUCUCUGCUUGCACACGACACGCCGCGCUCGAGACCACGAGUCCAGAUCCGUACAUCCUGCUGCCCAUUGGUCCACUCUGCCGCCACUCUAUUUUUCUAUAUACAAUUUCCUCCUGACUCCUAAGUCAACUUGUUCCAUCAUCUCUCUAGCAGUCUAGCUCACAUCUCCGUCUCCGUCUCCUGUGAGAUCACCCAUCACUCUAGCUAGUUUUUAUCUACAAUUUCCUUCUGAGUCAACUAGUUCUAUUCUAUCUCUGUACCUCACUUCUCCCCCGAGAUCACCUCGUGUGUCUGUCUGACCUUCCACACAGUAGCCGCCGACCAAGCUAGCUAGCUAGCCAGAGGGGCACGGAGCGCAGAAGCUAGCAUGAGGUUUCGCAGAGGCAGCAAGAGCUCUAGCAAGGCCAAGAAGGGCGCCGCCGCCGCUCCGUGGCAGAACGGAGAGCGCAAGGUCGACGGAGGAGGGCCCGGCUCCAACAGCCGGCAGGUCGCGCCGGACGACGACACCGGCAUCGUCGGAAACGUCGACGACGGUAGUAGCAGAGACGAGACGUUCUAUGAAGCCACCGCCUGGUUGGAAUCAGACUGCGAAGAUGAUUUCUACAGCGUCAACGGAGAUCUGACGCCUGCGAGAUCGUUCGCAUCCCGAUCCAGCGGCCGGAACACUCCGCCACCUAGACCCCGCGAUCUACCGACGCUGGCGGCGAUCCUCAAGGCCGAACCCCUGAAGCCGCAAAGGAGGCUGGGCGACCUCCUGCGGGAGGCGCAAGACGACGAUGACGACGACAACGACACCGCCGUCGACGGCCUCUCCAGAGACGACUCCUUGCGCAUGGGCGCGGAGGCCAACCGGUGCUGCGUGCCGCGGCUCGCGCGGGCCAUUAGCUGCAACGGGAGGACGCAGCGCAAGUGAAGUGUUAAUCCGUGCCUUGUUGAACAGACAUGCCAGAAAAGAUUUGCCGCCCAAAUGUGUACAUAGACCAAAUGACUGCACCGGAACAGUAAAAAGAAAAUGAUUUCAUGCCUGUAUCACGUAGAUUCAAGGAUUUGAUGCCUGCUUCCAGCCGGACAGAUGCUACAGGGAAACUCGCCCGGAUGAAAAGAACAUUAUUUGGAUGUUUGAGC